AUGCCUUCGCUUUCGGUGCGUCGGACAUGCUCUGAGGAUCUUGCAACCUCACCCAAUUGUAAUUCCAAUCCCUCACCUUCAUGCCCAGCUCCCAGCGUUGGGAUAGAGUUCCCCUCCGAAGCUACUAAUCUCCUUGCUCUGGAAUCAGAAAAUGUUGAUGUUUCACCAAUUGAAAAUGCUCCCUCUCGAUCCCACUUUCCGGUUACUGCAUCGACACUCCGUGAAUCCGGAACGCCUGCUACAGAUCCAAUGAACGACACACCAAGCAGAUUGAACCGGACGCCGUUGGAUCGUAGAAUAUCACUUCCGCUACUUGGAAUCGAUUUGGGCCGGUCAGGCCCGUCUUAUGGCCAGACUUUGAAGAGAAUGAGCGUCGCGGUCUACGGUGUUGCUAGCAAUGCAUUCGAGCCCCUGGACAACAACUCCAUGAAAGACUAUACCUCAAGGCGCCCGUUCUCUCCAGACCAUUCAACUGACCGGCCAGCUCAUCCUCAGAAAACCAACCCAAGGCCAACUGUUAGCAUCUCAGCUUAUGGCGAGGGAUCAAUAGCUCAAAGUUCGGACAGCUACGGAAGCUGUAGCUCGAACGACAGCGCAAGGUUAUACGAGAAGAACGACACCGAAAAUCUCAUACCACUUUCACAUCAGUCCACCUCAACCAUGGUCCAGCCUGUAUUUCCCAGUCGGACUAAAUCCUCACGGAGCUCUAGACCACCCGGCCUCAGGGCCCAGCGCGAACUGAAAGCUCGAAACGUAAACUUGCCUUUUAAAACCAAUGUGAAGUAUCCACUCAAAACGACCAGGCCAGAAGUCGCCGGAGUAAGCCACUUGGAUCGCCAGUUAAAUGCGCAUUCCUCAUCUGACACGUUUCAAAGGUCGAACGACUCGCCAAAUUCAUUGAAUUUUCCACCCUUCCCGAAUGGCGAAGCUCUCUAUCAAAAGAACUUGAAAAAACAGCGGCAGAUUGUCAAGGAAUUGAUUGAAACCGAGAGGCGAUACUUCGAACUGCUUAACAAAAUCCAAUCCAAUUAUAUUGUACCCAUACAAGCUUCCCACAAGUCAACUGACUACCAGAGAAUAAUUUUAUCCAAGAAAACCACAGUGGACAUUUUCUCAAACUUCGCCGCUAUCCUUGGUCUCUCCGGUCAGUUUUUGGCCAGCCUGGAAAAGCUAGGACAAAAUCACAAAUUAUUCGAUCCACCUGUACCCACGCAUUCCCCUCUCCUAACCACGGCGUCAAGCAGUUCGCAAGAAAGACAAACACUACGCUUCCCCAAAGCUGAAAGCUCCGCGGUUAAGAGGCUGAAAAUCGGGGAGACUUUAAUGGAAUUUUUACCAUUUUUCAAAUUGUAUACCACGUUCACUAGUAACUUCUCUGUUUCUCAGUCUACCCUUCAUCUUCAUUCGGCUAAACGUGGGCCGAGUCCAGCAUUUUUCAAUCUCCUGGAAGAUUGUCGCCGACGCGGCGUUGAUAAUGGCUUGGGACUAGCGCACAUGCUCCUCGGCAUCAUUCAACGGGUGCCUCGCUACGAACUUUUGAUCAAAGAACUAAUCAAGUAUUCCGAAGAAACUGAUCCGGACUAUCGCCAUCUUUUGUCGGCCCAGACAAUGGUUGGAUGUGUUGCACGGCGGCUAGAAAUCGGAAUGAACGAGCAAGCUGCAACGAAAAUCAUUCUCACCAUCCAACGUGCUAUGGAAGGACUCGAGUUCCCGCUAGUCAUUCCCAGUCGUAAAUUGGUCAAGAUUGGCCAACUUAAGAAGAUUGGCCGGAAGGGAGACUUGCAAGACCGAGUCUUCUUCCUUUUCAACGACUCUCUAAUCUACUGUGGCAUCCUUAAGAACGGGAACGUAGAAUCUGUGGAAAAGUGGCUGGGGCAGCUGGGGACAUCCUUCAAAAACACCGCCAGUGCCGGUAGUCUCCCAAUCGGCCCCGUGAAUGCAUUGACGAUAAAGCACAUCUCGACAAAUUUUCUCUUGCCAUUCACGCAUGGAGACGACAACUCGCCUCGCUUAAUCUUUUGCUGCAAGAUGAACUUGCAUGAUGUGACUACUGUUGGUACAGUUGGAGGGCGGAAGAGUGAAUAUUCUACCGGGUUUCAAAUCAUAUCUUCAGCGAAAAGCUUCGUCGUUUAUGCCAAAAAUGCUAUAGAAAAGGAGGACUGGAUCAGCACUUUGAGGGAAACCAAGAGCGAAUUACUUGAUAGUAGAAGGACAUUAUUCAUCAAGGAGGAAUUUGGCGAUCGCGAUAAAAAUUCACAUCCAAACAAACUCGGUUUUAUUAUCGAAGGCCAACCUUCUCGGGGAUACUCAUGGCUUUCACUUGCUUCCACCGAAGACGAUUCCCAUUCAGCACACAGUGACAAGCUGGCCGAAAGAACUCCUCAGAAGUCAAGGAAUAAACCUUCAACAUUAUCUUUUCCUGCGCUCUCAAAUUACAGAUCGCCCGUGAAAAGCUCGAUGUUCACUAACCUCCUCUCACCUCGGGCGAGGUUACAUUCUACUCCUUCGAAAUCAUCCGUCUUCAAUUGGAAACCUUUGGUCAACCUGAGCAUCCCGCCUCUUACCAACCAAAUGACCCAAAUUCUUGAAGGCAUUCAAGAAGCCCACGCUGGAUCGUUAGCCGAGAAUACCAGUAACCCGGCUGAACCCACUGUCUCACUCGAACCAAAGCCUCCCAAUCAACCGCGAAGCCAGCAUAACGAAGACCUCGAAGCUUCGAGGAAACCAUUCGGAAUGAAAUAUGUCGCGGAGAAUUAUUGCGCACCUGUAUGGGUUCCUGAUAACCAUGUUAAUAGAUGUAUGGGGAAAUGUCAGAUGUGGUUUAGCGUUCUUAAGAGGAGACAUCACUGUAGGUUAUGCGGUGGAGUGUUUUGCUCUAGUUGCUCAUCCAGGCUCUUUGUGAUCAGGAACCAAGAGCAAGGCGAUCAGCUUGCUCGAGCUUGUGAAGCUUGCUUCCAAUCAGUAUUCUUGGACGUUCAUGACGGGAAAACGAAGCAAACAACGGGAGAGGAUGAAUUCUACCGCCCCAUAUUGUCCAAUAGGCCUCAUGACGAUCAAGACCUGAUACUGCGUAGACAAAGGCCCCAUCUCAGACAUGCGCACCGUCAGAGCCUCCCCAUGGACUUGGGCUCAGCCUACUUUCGGCACAGUAGCCUAGCUAAUCUCGGUGAAGACGAUCAGCGUCGCUCAAUUAUCUCUGCCGUAACAAGCGUGGGAGGCGACUCGGUUUAUGGGGCUUCAAAGGCUGAUGAGCUGAAUGAUUUCGUGAACGAUGGACCGACCCCACACGAAGAGAACCACAAGAACGUCCCCCAUCCUGUACCAAGCCCCUCACCAGCACGCUCGCAGACACAUGCACGUCAAAGGCUUACUAGUCUCCUUCAAAGCAGAUCUCGGUGA